AUGGAGAACCGUGUGAGAUCCGAGAGCCGGAGCACCAUGGAGGGCGUCAAGUUCGGGUCGGAGGCGGCGGCGGCGGGGAACACCAACCGGCGGGCGCUGAGGGACAUCAAGAACAUUAUCGGCGCCCCCCACCAGCACCUGGCCGUCAGCAAGAAACCUUCCGCUGCGGACGCCAAGAACCAGGCUGCCGGCUUCGCCGGGCACCGGCCGGUCACAAGGAAAUUCGCAGCAACACUGGCGACACAGCCUGCAAAUGCCCCACUGGCACCCAUUGGUAGUGAGCGGCAGAAAAGAAAUGCUGAGACUGCAUUCCACGCUCCUUCUGAUAUGGAAUGCACCAAGGUGUCCGAUGAUCUGUCAGUGCAGCAUCUUUCGGACAUGGAUGAAAUGAUGACAAAUGAGCUGAAAGAAAUCGAUAUGGAAGACAGCGAGGAGGAGGUGGCACCAGAUAUCGACAGCUGCGAUGCCGGCAACUCCCUCGCGGUGGUCGAGUAUGUUGAUGAGAUCUACAGUUUCUAUAGAAGAAGCGAGGAUUUGAGCUGUGUCUCACCUAGCUACAUGUCGCACCAGACCGAUAUAAAUGAAAAGAUGCGUGGCAUUCUUAUCGAUUGGCUGAUAGAGGUGCACUACAAACUGGAGCUGUUGGGUGAGACCCUGUUCCUCACAGUGAACAUCAUCGACAGAUAUCUAGCUCGUGAAAACGUGGUGAGGAAGAAGCUCCAGCUGGUCGGCGUGACUGCCAUGCUGCUGGCUUGCAAGUACGAGGAAGUGAGUGUGCCGGUCGUGGAGGAUCUGAUCCUCAUCUGUGACCGCGCCUACACCCGGGCAGAUAUCCUGGAGAUGGAGAGGACCAUUGUGGACAGGCUUGAGUUCGACAUGUCGGUUCCGACCCCAUAUUGCUUCAUGAGGAGGUUCCUGAAGGCAGCCAAAUCUGACAAGAAGCUGGAGCUCCUCGCCUUCUUCAUAAUCGAGCUGAGCCUCGUCGACUACGGGAUGCUCAAGUUCCAGCCGUCCAUGCUGGCGGCAGCAGCCAUCUACACUGCCCAGUGCACCAUCAACGGGUUCAAGUCCUGGAACAAGUGCUGCGAGCUACACACAAAGUACUCUGAAGAACAGCUAAUGGACUGCUCGAGGAUGAUGGUGGAGCUCCACCAAGGAGCGGCCCACGGGAAGCUGACCGGCGUGCACCGCAAGUACAGCACGUUCAAGUACGGGUGCGCCGCCAAGUCGGAGCCUGCCGUCUUCUUGCUCUGA